UUCGGGCACUUGGGGAGGAAGUAAGGAGUAGGGUAUAAAGGCAGAGGAAUCUGUUUGCGUCUUAACCCCAGUCCCACUCUCAGCCUGUGAGGAUAUUACUGUGAGUUGACCCAAUGGACGACUUGGAGACCCAGUUGGAGGAAGAGUGCAGUUUCAAACCCUUUACCUUCAGCCCCAUGUUAUUCUCUGAGAUGGCUCCACAUGAUAUAAAUGAUGCCAAGCCAAAGAGGCAUCCAGUUGGAAAUGGUUUCCAGAUCUUUGUGUUUGGCUACUUGAUGUUGCUGACGGCUGUGGUGUCCUAUCUGAUAUACUCUAGUUCCAUUUGGCACCAGGAGCUCUUGGCAUUGAAGGAAGAGAUGUGCAGCCUGCCGUGCCUGGGAAAGGGUGAGGCAGUGAAGGGGCCACAGAAUGAACCAUUUGUAAAUCAGAGAGAAGAACAUCAAUUGGACCCUGAACUUGAGCAGAUUCCCCAGACCCUGAAUGAAUCCAUUCUAUCCAUGGAGGAUAAGGAGGCCCAAAGGCUCAGCGAGCUGGAGAAGAAGAUUGAGAUCAUCCAAGUGAGGAGCUGGAAUCUAAAUCAGAGACUGGACAAUAUAACCCUAAUUCCCGGGCCUGCUGGGAGCGAUGGGUCCCCAGGGGCCCAUGGAAUUCCAGGGACACCUGGCAUGAAAGGGGAGCCUGGAAACCAAGGGGAGGCUGGAACCCCCGGCAGUCCUGGAAUUAAAGGAGAAAAGGGAAAUCUUGGUUUUCAAGGGCUUAAAGGAGAUGAAGGAAAAGUGGGCCCUGCAGGGCCACCAGGUCCCUCAGGACCUUAUGGAAAAGGGGCAAAAGGUGAGCCUGGAGAGGCCGGACCCCCUGGAGCAAAAGGGGAUUCUGGUGAAAGGGGACAAGCUGGUAUCCCUGGAAGACUUGGUGCACCUGGCACUGCUGGAGAGAAAGGAGAAACUGGUCAAACUGGCAGUGCAGGAGUGCCUGGAAUCCCAGGGAGAAAUGGAGACAAAGGAGAUAAAGGAAAUCAAGGUUCUAAAGGAGAUCCAGGGCAGAAAGGAGACAAAGGAGCAUCAGGGUUAACUGGGCUUCCCGGUGCCAAAGGAGAACCCGGAAUGUCUGGCCUCCCGGGCCCAAAAGGGGCUCCUGGAGAGAAAGGAAAUCCUGGAAUCCAAGGUCCCCCAAGGACACAAUCAGCAAUAGUGCGAAUCGUGGGUGGGACCCAUCGAGGCCGAGUGGAAAUAUUUCACAGUGGUAACUGGGGUACAAUCUGUGACGAUGGCUGGGAUGUGAAUGAUGGGGUGGUCAUCUGCCGAAUGUUGGGCUACUCCAGGGCUGUACAGACAUUCACUGCUGGAGGAGGUCUCGGGAAGAUCUGGUUGGAUGAUUUAUCUUGUGCUGGGACAGAAUCCAGUAUCCUGCAGUGUCAGAAACCCAACUGGGAGGUGCACAACUGUAACCAUGAUGAAGAUGCAGGUGUUGAGUGUGGCUCCUAGCACUGAGCCCUAGAAAUGUUCUGUAUAUCCAGUCAGGCCUCACAUCUGCCCAUAAAGACUCCAGCAGUCCAGGGUGACAAUGCCUCUAUAUUCCAGCACAUGAUGAAGUAUAAAGAGUCCACCACACUUUUCCCUUACCUUCUAUAUGAUCAGUCCACUCAAUGUCCUGUACUUCCCAUAAUGCACGCCUACUCGCAGGGUUCAUUAACAUUUGGUGUGCUUCCAACAGGACUGUUAUCAUUCUGUUGUUCUGUAUGUUUCCACUUUGCAAUGCCUUCUGGUUAUUAAGGUCAAUGAGAGGCAAAAGACCAAUUGCAAACUGUCCCAGAAAGUCAUAUCAAAUGUUUAUUUUUAGGUGAGGUUACCCUGUAAGUGGGUGUAGGGAUUGGAGGAGCUCUGCUACAUAAUAAAGACUCAGUUUAGGUA